GUCAUUCACCAUUUUUUUCCCACCUUUUGAACUAUAUGAACGCGCGGUGUUUAAGUAGAACGUUUUAUGCAAAGAGUUUUUUUAUUUUUUAUUUUAAGACUUACGAACUGGAAAAGAAGAAUGACAGACGUCGUAGAAAAGGCGACAAAGGACGACAGUGUUGCAGUGACAAGUGAGUCUCCAUUGCAGUUAAUGUGAUCGUAAGUUGUAAGCCAAGGGCAUGAAAGUAAGUUUGAGUGAGGAGCCGGGCGUUUACCACCCUGCACAUGGCAUCAGCCGAUGAUAAUGGUGUGGACCGUAUCAAAGAAGAGGACUGUGAAUGGGGACCAGAGAGCUUCUGUGUGAAACAGGAGGACCACAACGAGAGCGUUUCCAUUUUGAAAGUCGAUCAGCCCGAGGAGGGGGUCGUCCGCAUUAAAAUUGAGGCAGUGAGCAGUGUGAAGGAAGAUGUGACCCCUGCGAAUCAGUGCGGCUGGCAGGAAUGGCCGACGUUACAGGGUAGAAAAAGAGGACAACGCACCAGCCAGCGGCUUUCUGCCGAAUCCGGUAAUGGAUUACCUGAGCUGGAGGAGCCGAUCAAUGAGGCGAGAGGUCGCCUGGGAGAGACGCGAGGAAAUUCUGCAGUGUGUCUACAAGAGGAUGAUCAGUUGUUCUCUUCAUUUGCUCAGACCUUUUCCCAGCACCAAUCACAACAGAAAAAGCAUAUUAACUUCAUGUGGAAAUCAACAUCUACAUCAGAGACGGGGAUACUUGACCCUUUGGAAUGCGGUUCUUUGCCUUUUGUGAAUCAGAGCCACUCUAGAAAUCACAAUGUAGAAAAGCCGCAUUGCUGUUCUGAGUGUGGGAAGCAAUUCUCAAAACGAAAGAAUCUCAAGAUCCAUACAAGAAUUCAUACUGGAGUGAAACCCCAUUGCUGUUCUGAGUGUGGCAAGCGAUUCUCUCACAGCAGCAGUCUUCAGAUCCACACAAGAAUUCACACGGGAGAGAAGCCAUAUAGCUGUUCUGAAUGUGGCAAGCAGUUCACAGACAGCAGCAGUCUUCAGAGACACAUCCGAAUUCAUUCCGGAGAGAAGCCGUACUUUUGUACUGAAUGUGGCAAACGAUUUUUAUAUCUAAGCGGCGUCAAGAGCCAUUCCAGAGUUCACAGUGGUGAGAAGCCUUAUUGCUGUUCCGAGUGUGGAAAGAGAUUCUCACAGAUAAGUAACCUAAAGAACCAUACUCGAAUUCACACCGGAGAGAAGCCUCACUGCUGCUUUGAAUGUGGCAAACGGUUCUCCAAAAUCAACAAUCUUAAGAUCCACACAAGAAUACACACCGGAGAGAAACGCUUUUCCUGUUCUGAGUGUGGUAAACAGUUCACAGACAACAGGAGCCUUCAGAGUCACUCGAGAAUCCACACCGGGGAAAAACCUUACCGCUGUUCUGAAUGUGGCAAAGAAUUCUCUCGUAAGAACAGUCUUCGACGGCACACCAGAGUUCACACCGGAGAGAAACCAUAUUGCUGUUCUGAGUGUGGCAAAGCAUUCUCGCAACUGAGCAGCCUUCAGAGCCAUACAAGGAUUCACACAACAAAUGGGCCAAAUAACCGAGAGGAUACUCAGGAUCUGCCACAGAACUCCAGUUAUGAAUUUGUGGGUGGCCCCCAUCCUGUCCAGCUUAAAGCUAAUAUCGUACACUUGUAACAGAAUGUGAACAACAAAAAUGUUACAGUUGUAAUUGUGUCCAACUGAUACAAAAACAAUUAUAUUCCAAGAAUUCACAUCAAGUUCUGAAGUUGUCAUUUUUGAUGAAAAUGGAGAUGCCUACGGGCAAUACCUGGUCUGCAGAGGUACUUGUGUCAGAUGUGCUCUCAAGACCUGCACUUCUACACAAC